UGUUGCUACACCACUCCGCAGCGCUCGCUCGGUGGUGCACCAUGUCGCUGGUGCCACUGGUGCUCGUCCUGUGGGCGCCGCUGUCAGCGGCCCUACACACCAGCGUCGCCGGGCUGCCGUCGGAGAGUUUCCAGCUGCGUUCUGCCCCGUGGCUGAAUGGCAGCCGCGGCUUCGUCACCGAGAGCGGCGCCGUCUACAGGCGCCUGACCGCGGACUCGCUCUGUGACUGCAUGACCCAGUGUUUGGUGGACGUCGGCUGUGUAAGUCUGAGCUUCGCCACCAACUCGACCGGCCUGUGUCUGCUGAACUCUGUGCGUGGCGGCCCCCACAACACCCGGUUCGAUGAAGGAAUGGCUCACAGGAUCCGGCCCCGUCUUGGUGGGUUUGACUUGGAACUUGCGUACAAAUUAUUGCAUAAAGCGCCAGGUCGUGCCUCAUCACGGGACAGGUAG